UGGUGAGCUUCCUCUCUAUAAGGACAUGUGUUGCAUGCUCGGAUAAAGCCAUUCCAUUUUUUGUCGUACGGACAAGACCUCGGUAUCUCAGUCUGACAGCACAGUGACGUAUAUUGCUCUUAAACACGGAUAGCAUGCAGCCUGGGACUCACUUCUAAUUCAGUUAAUAAGAGUUGGCUGCUGCCGGCGUGUUCAGACGCCAAUAAAAGCAUUGAUGCAGUGUUGAUGCAGCUUACAACAAAGAUGCAAUCGAUUAACCAGGGACCAAUGUGCACGGAGGCUGUUCUUGAAGUAGUAUAAGUUGCAAACUCGCCAGGAUAUUCUACCAACCGUCCUCUCCAGGGAGAGACUCGAGAUGUAUGAAUUAUGAUACUGAAUGGAACCAGUUUGCCAAUGGAUGAGUUUACCAUGUACCCGGAGGUGGAGACAAACGUCACUGCUACGGUUGUGAACGAUAACCACACGACAAGCUCCUACUCUGACCCACGUUUAAUGUAUGCAGAAUAUGACGAGUGGGUUGAACUGGCAACAGUAUCGUACUACAUAGACCAGCGUUAUUUGUGGUUCAUUGUCGCUUUUGGGUUCCCUGGCAACAUCGCCACCAUCUUCACCAUCCUUCGUGUCGGCCAUGUGGGGACGCCAUCCUUCUACGUGUUACUGCUAGCCGUCGUCGACAACCUUGCCAUCGUGGUGAAACUUCUGUAUCACCAACUGGCAAUGUACAAUGUUCCCAUUGGAGUAUCCGGAUGCAAGUCGCUGAAGUUUCUUGGAAGUUUCCUUGUGGCGUUCGCGAAUUGGGUGCUCAUCACCCUUGCUGUGGAACGGUUCAUAGCCAUACAUUUUCCUUUCUCUCAGACAUCUACCCGGAAGUUUAAGAUGAAGAAAGCCGUCCUUGUUGUGUCCGUGGAGGCAGGGAUCUUGUUCUGGGUGUUUGCCCCUGUGUUGUGGACCCACUCCUACAUCUAUGACUCCUACCUGAACGUCAUGCGGUGCGGUGAACCGGAGGAGUACCGAUACUUCGUGGAGGAGAUAUGGCACUGGAUCGACUCCGUCGUAUACGCCGUCAUCCCGUGUAUCUCCCUCUUCACGCUCAACGUCCUCAUCAUCCGCGACACUACACAUUCCCUGAAAGCACGCACACUUCUCACCAACAGCGUAAACUCCAGAAGAGGCAGUAACUUCAACGUCCAGAUCACAGCGAUGUUGUUGACGGCGUCAAUAGUCUUUGUGGUGCUGACGUUGCCGGUGUGUGUCUACUACGUCGUGAACGUCUACUGGGACGUCUCCCCAUACAGCGUCCAACAGGGAUGGAAGAGCAUCUUCAGGGACGUCGCCUACCUUCUCUGUGAUCUCAGCCAUGCCGUCAACUUUUAUCUAUAUUUCCUAAGUGCCCGGAAAUUCAGACGCAAUUUCCUCAAGGUUCUGACCUGCUCACGUCGUGGAAACCCGAGUACUAACAGUGCAGCAAUGUGUCCCAGUAACUAUCUAUAGCUCCGUCUGCUGGUCAAAAAUGUUCGUAUUAUAUAUUCUGCCAUUCUGAGCUGGUAUCUGGACCGUAUGAUUAUAUCAACUAUAACUUUGCGUGCGGACUUUUCUGGAGUCAAGAUUUUACGCUUAGGUUAACAGUGGGAUAAUAUUGCAAGUGAAGCAAUUUAUUGCGGGAAAAUUGGGACAUUUCUUUGGAGCAGUUUCCUUGUGGGUAAUUGUAGUUGAGCCUAUACUCUGUCUGCAAAGCUGCUUGAGCUGAAUCAUGCCUACAGGCGUAAUGGAGUGCCAUUCAAGGAAUUUGCUGUGCCAUCUUAUCAAUUCGAAGGAUUAUUAUGAUUGUGAUUUUGAUCAGGAUCAUCACGAGACAAAGUUAUCAAUAUGAUCGAUUUUGAUUGCAGCCUAACGUCUCAACUUGAAGUAUCACCAAGAAGGAGUUUUGUACGUACAAUGUGACGUUAAUUGCAAUGGUCACAACUAAGAGCAGCUAGAUAUUUCUACUUUACAUGGACUCAUGCAUGCACAGAGGAAGAAUGUGAAAGGCUGUCAGUUGUCAACCAUUUAAACCUGCCGGGGUGAGAUUUAUAAUUGAGACAGAUUAUAAUUAUCAGUCGGCACUUGAAACCUCAGACGUUUUCUCUGAACAGCGAGACAAUUUUGGGAGCCAGCAUAAUGCUGUUUUUCCAAACAUCCAGUGAAACAAUAUUUUGAUUAAACCCAAGGAAUCAAAUUAUUUUUCUAGGAGUUGAAGGAAGAUGAUAUGAUUGUCCUCAUCUCCGUUCCCCGAGAGUGGUGAAUGGUCAUCUACUAAGUCAGGAAAUAUGUGAAUAUGAGACAUACUAUGCAUCCGAUGUGUUAGCUAUGUAUUAAACAUUAACCCCUCUCAACAGAGCAUUCCUGUGACGAGCACUGACAAGACGUCUGUGAUAUACCAUUGAUUAAGGGACCGUGCAAUCAAUUUUCUCGCUAAUGAUAUUUCUUGACAGUUCUUUUCUGUCACUGCUUUAAGUCAAUGAGUUAAAAUUUAUAGUCAAAUAGACAAUAUUUCAGCCAUAUCGUGACUAAAUCAAGAUAUAUGUCUUUCCUUUGGUUUGCCUUUCUAAGCGUGGUCAGCACAUUUCUUAUAUACUCUUAACUCGAAAGGAAUAUCUAUACAGCUGACAGGUAAUUAUUAUAAUAUAUUUGACACAGCACCCAACUAAAUGGGAAUAUUCAAGGCUAUGCGAACACAACAGAUGUCAUGAUUGGGUAAUACAUUUACGUAAUAUGUUUCACUCAAACACCACUCACCAUCUUUUGAGUUAUUGCGCAAAAACGCUAUGACGUUUUCGUAAUUGAUUUUUGGUCCUUCUCCACAGAAAUGUCAAAUCCAAGAUGUUUAUGAUUACAAUUAUUUAGUUGUACCGAAAAUUACUCAAAAGUCUGAUACAAAUACAUUCCAUCUGCCACCUCCACGCAAUGACAUUGUCAUAUACAUACCUUCAUCACGGUCAGAAGAUCCACAUUAACUCCAGUCCCCAUGUAACAAUAUUAAACAUUAACUAUGCCUGAGAAUCUCAGGUAACUACACGUGUGUGCUUGAUUGGCAUUGUUUAGAAGAUGCUAUUUGUGUGAGUGAGUUAAGUUUUAAAGUCACUUUGGCAAUAUUUAAGCCAUAUCGUGACUAAAUCAAACUAUAGAUUAAUAAUAAUUGAAGGUAAAUGCAAAAAAUCUGUCAACGAAGAUUAUCACAGAUAUUAAAUUAAAAAUAUUAAUUUAAUCUAAAGUAUUUUAACUAUACAAGCCAAGGCAAUAUAAAAACUAGAUUGCCAACAACUGAAGGCAGGUAAUCAUACUAGGGACCACGCGGC